AUGGCUGUGAGAGAUAUAGAAGAAGGAGUAGUUGAUUCAAAUUCUACCAUUCCUUUGAAACAGCACUUUGUGUUUGUACAUGGCAUAAGUGGAGGAAGUUGGUGUUGGUAUAAAAUUUGUUGUCUUAUGGAGAAUUCUGGGUACAAAGUUUCAUGCAUAGACCUUAAAAGUUGUGGAAUUGAUCAAUCUCAUGCUGAUUCUAUUCUUACUUUUGAUGAUUAUAAUAAACCUCUUAUUGAUUUCAUAUCUGAUUUACCAGAUAAUGAAAAGGUUAUAUUGGUGGGGCAUAGUGCAGGAGGAUUGAGUAUUACUGAUGCAUGUCACAAAUUUCCAAAUAAAAUUCGUUUAGCAGUGUAUGUGGCAGCAACUAUGCUGAAAUUUGGAUACUCAACCGAUCAAGAUCUUAAAGAUGUGAGUCGUUUUCAUAAACUCUGUUCUGUUUUUUAG